GAUGAAGAUGAUGAAGAUGAAGAUGAUGAAGAUGAUGAAGAUGACGGGAUCAUAAUAAUCCGCCGGGGACGCGGCCAUGGGGGGUCACGUGACGCGCAGUGCCUUCAACGACUCGCUGGGCGGCCCGUUGCCGACGACGACGCACCGAUGUCACCACAAGCCCAAGAGGGGCCUCCCGCCCCCAAAAGUGGGCGGGGCCCUGGUCCCCGCCGGGCCCCUGCGGUUCCACCCCACCGCCAAGGGCUCCCAGAUCGUCAUGGAUACGAGCCAGACCAGCGUCCGCAGGCAGAGCAGCUUCUGCAACGCCAUCACCUUCAGCCACCGGCCGGUGCAGCGCAACGAGGCGGUCCGGCUGCAGGUACGAGUCCAGAACCCGGUCCGGCUGCAGGUCACUAAGAACCAGCCCUGCUGGUCCGGUUCUCUCCGGCUGGGCUUCACCUCCAGGGACCCGGCCCGGCUGGACCCGGACUCCCUGCCCCGGUACGCCUGCCCGGACCUGGUGGCCCGGUCCGGGUUCUGGGCCAAGGCGCUGCCCGAGGAGCUAGCCGGCACCGCCGCCGUCAUAGCCUUCUGGGUCGACAGGAAGGGGCGGGUCUUCUACCGGGUCGACGACUCGGGCCCAGUACUGUUCUUUAGCGGAGUCCGGACCGGGGGCCCGGUCUGGGCCCUGAUCGACGUGUACGGACGGACCCGGGGGGUCCGGUUACUGGACGGCGAGAUCGUCCCCCCCGACGGUCUUCGUCCUCGUUCCUUCACCACCGUCCGCUCCUCGUCUCUCCACCGCGACGCCGACGACUCCCGCCUGUCCGUCAGCCUGGGGGACCUGAACCUGCAGGACCGAGGCCCCGCCCCCGGCCCCGCCCACCGCCACGCCCUGCGCCUAGCGGCGGCGGCGUCCUCCGCCCGCCCCGUCCCCCAGAACUCCCUGAACUCCCAGCAGUCCUCGCGGCUGCCGGCGUCGCUGGACGGCGACCUGCGCUUCCACCAGCUGCGCGGCGCUAGCAUCCGGACGCUGGACGAGCAGACGGUGGCGCGGUCGGAUCGCGGCGGCGCCGGUGAGGAGCGGACGCUGGUCUUCACCGCGCGGCCGCUGCGCCGCGGCGAGGCCAUCUUCGUCCAGGUGACCAAGUCCAGCCCGGCGCGCUCCGGCUCGCUGUCCUACGGCGUGACGUCCUGCGACCCGGCGGCGCUGCGGCCCGCCGACCUGCCCCGCGACCCCGAGGCGCUGGUGGACCGCAAGGAAUUCUGGGCCGUGUGCCGCGUGCCCACGCCGCUGCGCAGCGGCGACGUGCUGGGCUUCCUGGUGAACCGGCGCGGCGCGGUGCUGCUCAGCCACAACGGCAGCGACGUGGGCAUGCAGGUCUGCGUGGACGACUCCCAACCGCUCUGGAUGUUCUUCGGCCUGCACGGAGCCGUCACGCAGCUGAGGAUUCUGGGUUCCACCCAGGACGGGGACCAGCAGGACCAGGACCAGCAGGACCAGCAGGACCAGGACCAGCAGGACCAGGACCAGCAGGACCAGGACCAGCAGGACCAGGACCAGCAGGACCAGGACCAGCAGGACCAGCAGGACCAGGACCAGCAGGACCAGCAGGACCAGCAGGACCAGGACCAGCAGGACCAGCAGGACCAGGACCAGCAGGACCAGCAGGACCAGGACCAGGACCAGCGGUCCAGGUCCAGCCCCAACUCCCCCUCCUCGUCUCGGAACCCCCCCCCUGGGGGGGCCCUGGGGAGCGGCGUCUCUGACCCGGUCCUGAACGGAGGCCUGGGUUUGGCGGCAGGGAGAUUGUGA